GGCCACCAGGAGCUGACGCGGCUGCGGAGGUGACGCCGUGCGGUCGCGCGCCGCUUCCGGCGCCGGGAGGCCGCUGAAGAUCCCGGGCCGCUCGGCCGCAGGCCGCCGCCAACGCCGCGGGAUGUAGCGCGGGGAACGGCGGCCCCCAGCAGAGCCUACCCUCCCGGCCGUAAGUUCCCCCGGGGCUGACCGGUGGGCAGGCACUCGGCCUGAGUGCAGGGACCCCGGGAGCCCCAGCCCAGGCCUAAAGAAGGGACCGCCUCGGGGGUAACCCGCCCCGACGUCCCGAGGGUCCCAGACCCAGCCCUGGAGCUGGCCGGGCCUCAGGGCUCUCGCGGGUCGGGGUUGUAAACAUUUCCGGCCCCUCCCACAGCGCGCCGCCUCCGAGGCGGCCUCCGAAGCAGUCUGGGUGCCCGGCUGUCUCCGACUCCCAUCAGCCCUGUGUCUACCAUCACAGGGAGAUCUCUGCCCCCUGGGGCUGAGAGACCCCCAACCUUUCCCCAAGCUGAAGCUGCAGGGUAUUGAGGUUCCAGCCAGAUGUCUUCCCACAAAGGAUCUGUGGUGGCACAGGGCAAUGGGGCUCCUGCCAGUAACAGGGAAACUGACACGGUGGAACUGGCUGAACUGGGACCCUUGCUAGAAGAGAAGGGCAAACGGGUAAUCUCCAGCCCAACCAAAGGGCCAUCAACAGGAGAGAGACAGAAUAGCCCAGAGAAGGAGUUCAAUUGCCAGGCUUUCCAUCUCCAUGGUUUGGAGCCUUGGGAUGGAGAGAAAGGUGUCUCUCCUUUACAGGCUGAAGAAGAUCAAGCAUGCCCAGUGCCCCAGGAAGAAGAGGAGGAGGUGCGGGUAUUGACACUUCCCCUGCAAGCCCACCAUGCCAUGGAGAAGAUGGAGGAGUUUGUGUAUAAGGUCUGGGAGGGACGUUGGAGGGUCAUCCCAUAUGAUGUGCUCCCUGACUGGCUAAAGGACAAUGACUACCUGCUACAUGGCCAUAGACCACCCAUGCCCUCUUUUCGGGCUUGUUUCAAGAGCAUCUUCCGCAUCCAUACAGAAACUGGCAACAUUUGGACCCACCUGCUUGGUUUUGUGCUGUUUCUCUUUUUAGGAAUCUUGACCAUGCUCAGACCAAAUAUGUACUUCAUGGCCCCGCUACAGGAGAAAGUGGUUUUUGGGAUGUUCUUUUUGGGUGCAGUGCUCUGCCUCAGCUUCUCCUGGCUCUUCCACACCGUCUAUUGUCAUUCAGAGAAAGUCUCUCGGACUUUUUCAAAACUGGACUAUUCAGGGAUCGCUCUACUGAUUAUGGGGAGCUUUGUCCCCUGGCUCUAUUACUCUUUCUACUGCUCCCCACAGCCACGGCUCAUCUACCUCUCCAUCGUCUGUGUCCUGGGCAUUUCUGCCAUCAUUGUGGCACAGUGGGACCGGUUUGCCACUCCUAAGCACCGGCAGACAAGAGCAGGGGUAUUCCUCGGUCUUGGCUUGAGUGGUGUUGUGCCCACCAUGCACUUUACUAUCGCUGAGGGCUUUGUCAAGGCCACCACAGUGGGCCAGAUGGGCUGGUUCUUCCUCAUGGCUGUGAUGUACAUCACUGGAGCUGGUCUUUACGCUGCUCGAAUUCCUGAGCGCUUCUUUCCUGGAAAAUUUGACAUAUGGUUCCAGUCUCAUCAGAUUUUCCAUGUUCUGGUGGUGGCAGCAGCCUUUGUCCACUUCUAUGGGGUCUCCAACCUUCAAGAAUUCCGUUAUGGCCUAGAAGGUGGCUGUACUGAUGACUCCCUUCUCUGAGCCUUCCCACCUGAGGCGUGGAGGAAGAACUUCCCAAGUGCUUUUAAAAAUAACUUCUUUGCUGAAGUGAGAGGAAGAGUCUGAGUUGUCUGUUUCUAGAAGAAACCUCUUAGAGAAUUCAGUACCAACGAAGCUUCAGCCCACUUUCACACCCACUGGGCAAUAAACUUUCCAUUUCCAUUCCCCUAGCUGGGGAAGGUGGGGAUGGUCAAACCAAGCCAUCCCCGACCCUGGCAAGGCAAUUACUGGCCCCUCACAGAGACAGUACUUUGAAGCUCAUGUUGAGAUUUUACCCACUCCUCCAACCAUUUUGGGAAAAAUUAUGGACUGGGACUCUUCUUGUUUUCCUGGAGGAAAAUGUCCCUUCCUUACCCCUAUCCUUACUUUGUUACCUGGCUUAUAACAGGCCAUCAAUUUUUGUAGCACACUUUUCAAAAACAAUUAUAACCUGGUCCCACCUUUUUAGGGCCUGGAUCUGCUUACAUAGCAGGAAGAAUAAAGGCACCAACUUUUAUGUAGCCCGGCUAAUCAUGGACGUGUGUCCAGGCUUCAAAUAACUUGAGUUUUAAUUUUUUUUUCUUGGCAGAGUAAUGUAAAAUUAAAAUGGGGAAAGAUAUUUAAUAUUUAAUACUAAGCUUUAAAAAGAAACCUGCUAUCAUUGCUGUGUAUCUUGAUGAAAAGACUAUGAUGAUAAUAAAAGAAAGUACAGAAGACACUUGGCAUUCAAAGA